GCCGGUCAGGAGGUGACGGGCGAGGGCCCCUGGCUGCGGCGGGGAGCCCUCCAGCGCUCACGUAGGGAAGCCACGGGAGGAGGCGCUGUACCGGCCCUGACGCUGGUUCGGUUCGGUUCGGUUCGGUCCGCUGCGAUGCCCACCAGGCGCCGCAGCCCAGCAAGUUCCCGCCUUCCCACGCCCCGCCCCCGGAUGUGGCGGAGCGGCCGUUCCGGGACGUUGUUACUGACGCUCCGCGGUCGCCGGGGCCGCCGGCGCGGAGCCGCAGGGCGAUCCCGGCCGGAUUCUAAAAUGGAAUGGGGAGGAGAGUAUUCUUUUGAUUCUUCCAAUUUAGACUGCUUGUUACAUGUUCUCCCUGGAGAAUUGGAAUUCCAACAAAUCCUUAGUGAUCUUGAUGAAAAAAUAAAGAAGAACUCUUACAGCAUAGAAAAGUGUCUUAAGGAUCUGCAAUCGGACAUAAAUGAAAUAUGUACUGAUGAAGUACUACAAAGCACAACAGACUGCAUUCAGUGGCUAAAUAGCUACAAUUUUUGUUCUCUCAGACCUUCUUCUACAGACCAUGGAGAGCUGCUGGAGUUCCUUAAGACCCUGCAAAGCUUGUUGAAGAAUGAGAAGAAUCAAGAAGAAAUGGUACUUCACUUCCUUCUGGACCUCUCUAGUCAAUGUGGUGUCUCAUUUCCCUGUACUGCAAGUGGGACAUCAUUUGAGUUAACAUCUUCGCUUCAUACCAUUCAGGAUGAUUCAGCUGUGGAUGUGAAAUCUCUUUGGGACGAUGUGAGAUUGCAUCUUCGACAAUUUUUAGUAAAUAGACUGCAAAGUCAAGAAGAAACAAACACUAAUGCUUUGCCACAACAAAUGGAGUUUAAAACUCAGUGUGUACAGCAGCUUUUGUUUCUUUAUCCCAAAUCAGAAGUCUUAAUGAGGUAUCAAAAUAUGCAGAAUAAACUGGUUAGUGAUCUUCUACAAAACUGUAUUUUUUCUAGUUGUGGUGAAACAAAUUUUGAUAAGGUGGUUCAUGGUUACCAAAGUUCCAUACCAAGAUUAUGCACAAUGAUAAAAGAAGAUUUGUAUAUACUAAGUGGAACAAUUGGUCCAUCUUCGUCAUUAAAGUUUAUUAAUGAAACUUACCUGGAUACCAUCACUGAAGAAAUGACAGUUCUUCUUGAAAGACUUUGUGAGCUGCAGUUCAAAGAAAAUGCUCUACACAUUGUUAAAGCAAACAAGAUUUCAAAGAAGCAUAGAGGAAGAGUUCACGCUGUGGCCUCCCAGGAAUACCACAGGAAAGGACGGAACUUCUGCUUAACCUUAUAUCAACUCAAAUGUCUUUCUCAACUUAUCAAACUCUUCUUAUUAAUGGAGGAAAAAAUUGAAGAGCUCUCCACAGAAAUUCUGCUGCUGCCUUCAUUUACAGAAAGGAAUAAGAAUGUUCAAGGAGUUCUGAAGAGAGCUAGUGGGGAGCUCUUAAUAGGAGAAACUAGAGCAAAUGAAACCAGCGUGCUUCCUGAACAGUUACUUCAGGUAGAAGAGCCUAUUUUACUGAGUUUUGGCUGGAGAAAUGCAUUUAAAGACCUGUCUUCUUCUGUGGCUCACUGUAUAACAAUAGCAAUUGAGGAUUUUUCAUCUAAAAUUCUUCAACAUGAGCAGAAAGAAGAGUUUUCAGCUGCAGGCUGUGCAAUGAAUCUUGUAAACAACCAGCAAAUGAGGGAGUCCUGCAGAGCAGUCCAACAGGAAGAGCAACCAAAACGAAUUGCUAAGUUUUGUUCUGACAUCAUGGAAGAACUCGACACAUUGCUUCCAUUGGCUCUGGCCUGCAGAGAUGAUUCUCUUCAGGAAAUUAGAGCAAACUUUGUAGAGGCCUGCAGCAAAGUGGCAACGGCUGUUCUGGCAAGACUAGAGGAGAAAAGCAAAGAUGUUCCCUUGAAGGCUCCCCUGCAAGACUUGUAUGCUGCCCUUUCCACGGCGAUAUAUGUCUUUCAGCAUUUUACAAUGUAUAGCAAUUUAAUGAGAGAAACAAGCAAAAAACCCCUGUUCCUAGUACCUAUCCAAAAAUGUCAGGAAUUCAUCAACAUUCUCCAGUUUCAAGUUACGAACUACUGCAUCAGAGUAUGUGCAACAAGCAUUUUACAGGAUGCUGAGAGCCACUGCUGGGAUGACUACAAAGCUUUUUACGAGGGGGAAAGAUGCUCGUUCUCUGUCCAGAUGUGGCAUUACUUCUGCUGUGCUCUUCAUCAUGAUCUAUGGACUAUUCUACCUCCAAAGACAGCCCAGGAGAUUCUUACAGAUGUACUGGAGCGAUCUUUGGAUAUUCUGUCCUCCAGAUAUUGUCAGGUGUGUCCCAGUUACAAAAGAACACCACAAAUCAGAAUUGAUAUUGCAGCAAUUUUGAUGUCCGCUGAAGAUAUGCUCUGGUCAAUUUGUAGUUCUGUGCAGGAGUUUCUGAAUCCACACAAAGACAGAGAUCUCAAGAUCUAUAAAAUACAUAGCCACUGCAAUAGUCUGAUCUCUGUGCUAGCUAUUUUAACUUCACCAUUGAAGAAUUUGUAUGAGACAUUUCUGGAUAAUUCUGAUGAACAUCUUCCUCAAGAUUUUUCAGAAGUCUCUUAUCAGCCAUUGCACUGGUUAUUUUGCAUACCGUCAUCCUGUUUUUUCUUUAUGAAGACUCCAGCAACCAGAGAAAUGGCAGCCCAAGGUCUGCUGAAGCUGCUCUUAUCCCAGCCAUACUGUAAUUUGAACUUGCUUUUGGAAACAUUGCUACACAAUGAUUGUCUCUUAGUGAAAAUUUUGCUGAGAAGCUCAAGUAAUCAAGCAUUAAAUUGUGAAGAACAAAGUUCUCUCUUGGAACAGGAAAAUAACAAGGAACCUUCUCUGAUUGAAACAAUCUUCACAGUAUUGUCUUACUGCAGUUUAUCACCCAAAUCUCUUGGCAUUGCUUUUGAGUCCUACAUGGAAAAAGAGCUGCUGUGGAACUGCUUAUACAAUAUGACAGUUUCCAGUUGUGGUGAGUCGGAGCCAGAAGUUAUCAGAUGCUUGAAGUUGACUUUGAUUAAUUCGGUGAAGGGUAUAGUGAAACAAAUAAUUUCUUUGAUGCAUUCAUGGGAAGCAACAGAAAACUAUGGAACAUACCAGCACAAGCAAAUAGUUCCUGAAGGUUUACUGAAAACUCUUCCAAAGGAAUGGAAUUACACUCCUCGGGAAAUGAAGAGAAAAGAAUCUGGGAAAUGCUUCACAAGGCUUGCAGCUCAAGCAGUAUCUAUUGUAAUCAGCAAGUUACCUACAGUGAUUGCAUGUUUGCCUCCCCCAGUUAAAUACUUCUUUUUUCUGGCUGAGAGAAAAAUGUCAAGAAACUUUGCUGAAUUGAAGAAAGCUGGUCUGCUUGUCUGGAACUUGAUUGUAAUUAUAUGUCGAAUAUUUGAGGAUGGAAAUACUGCAGAAUUUUUAACAGGUGCAACACUUGACAGAUGGAGCAAAGAAAAACUCAGUUUAGUUCGUGUGUGCUUAGAAAGUAUUAUGGGGAAACAGAAAAGUGGUCCUAAGCAAGUGACCCAGAAGAUUAUACAAAGCAUUGAGCAGCAAAGACCAAACUGGAUUGAAAGCCAGUUGCUGAAGGCAAGAAAAUUGAGCAUAGAUUGUGCCUCAGUUACAGUUAGAAGUGGAACAUUAGCGGAAGGAGGUAUUGCACUUGGAUUCUCUGAGCAUAAUAUAAACAUGAUGGUCCUGGAUAUCUGCCACAAACCAGGUGGUAGUGAGUACCUGAGGCAAAUUUAUCACAUCAUCCGGCUCAAUGAGGAAUAUUUGAAAGAGCAGCUGUCUUGUGAGAAUUCUUCUGAAGAUGGUGUUACCUCGAGCCAAUGUCUGCCUUUGACGCUGAAGGGCAGAGAAGAGCAGCCUGUCUUCAACCCUUUCCAGGUGUACAGACAGUCUUAUGCAAAACUAUUCAAUCAGUCAGCCAUUACUGAAUGGAACUGGGAUUGGUCAAGCUUGCUGCCAGGUUACUUGGGACUGAAUCAGAUGGCUUUCAGGGUGCUGCUGACACACAGGCCACUAAACAGACUGCUCCAUCAAUCAAUUGCUAAUCAGGUCUACGAAUCCAGUCAUAUCAUCAGGUGGGAGAUGAAAGAAGAUGCAGAUCUUGAAGAUGAGGAGAACAUUAUGGUGGAACACUUAAAAAACGUUUAUUUGACACAAAGGACUUUUUCAGAGGAUAAAGAAGAACAAUUACCUUGACAGAUUUCAGGUAGCACCCUUCUUCUAGAUUCAACAAGAUUAACUUAAUAUCAUAACUCACAGUACUAGAAAGCUCAGAAAUAUGUAUCUUGAGUAGGACUUCAACCUAAAGAGUGUUCCCUUGUUAUUGUGUGGUCACUCUAUCCAGGAAGCAAUGUUCACACAUGCAUAAGGUGGAACAGUACAGGAAAAUGUCAAGGAGGUUAUAUCUCAGUACUGCAGACACAUAAACCUGAAUGACAAACUGAGAAUUGUUUCAAAAAUAUAAGACUCACUCUGAACAUGCAGUUUUAGACAUAGGCUAAGCAAAUGUUUCUGGUUUCCAUCCACCACUUUGGAGCUGGAGUCAGCCUGCCCCCAGUUUGUGUCACUCAAGGACCUUUUCCCUCCUUUGGUGCUUGUUUAUUAAAUUACCCAAAAUACAUGAAAAGGGAAAGGUAUAGACCAUAUAGCUACAGUCCUUUUUGAGUUGCUCCAGGAUGAGUAUGCUCGGCCAUUAUUCCAAAUCAAAAAUGCAUCAGCAUUACUGCCUUCACAAAUCCUUACUUAACCGCCAGUGUAUUUUAUGGCUUAAAAAAUAUAGAGAGAAAUUUUAGAAGUUUUGAGAAGCAUUUUUUUAAUUUAAAAUAAUUAUUUGCAGGCAGUGCUCACAGGAUUAUCUUAAAAGUGAAUUGAGAAAAUAAUAAAUAAUUUAUUUUUAAAAAUAAAUAUAGUAAAAUUUCAUAUUCAAAGUAAUCCUGUUUUGAUAUUUAAAAAUUAUGAAUAUGAUAUAUUUUUCUGAAAAAAUAAUAUUUAAUAUUAUUAAAUAUUUUUCUUACACACUGAUUAAAACUAUCAACAUUUUUUAUAUGGAAGGUCUGAUUAGUAUCUCUUUAGCUCUACAGAAAUAAUACAUAAUUUUUCUGUAAGUUUCUUUCUUUAGAAGUCCAAUGGAACUACUUUUUCUGCCUGAUGAAGGACUCUGGCAGGAUCUUGCUAAAGGUGCAAUCUGAGCAGAGUUGUGUUCCCACCACAUCUUCACACAGAUGCUAUUAUGGACAUAACUUAGACCACUUCAGUAGGAUGAAGGCAUGCUUUUUGCCCCUGAAGGUUUCAGCAGCUGAUUUAGGGUCUUAUCUGAAAUGCAGUUUUUUCUCCUCUUAAUUGCUCUUUUUUCUUUUCAUAUAAAGCAUCAGACCAUUUAAAAUCAAAAUGUGGAAAAUUGCGUCUUACAAAUCUCCAAAGAUCCUCUUACAACACUGCAAUACAAAAGGGCUGUGAGGCACUGUAGCUUAGAAAAUGCUAAAAACAUUAUUUAAAAAAUAAAGCAGAUAUUUUCCUCUGCUGCCAGUGUAGUAAUUUCACAUUAUAAAGGAAGUGAUGAAGUGUGAAAACCAUUUAUCGUUGCUUGGUAUUUCACCUUUAAAGAUUACUGGUGGACUUCAGGUUUAAAACAUGUCUACAGGGAUCUUCCAUGACAGCAGGUUUGGUAUUUUGACAAAUGAGGCACACAUAUUCCAAGCCAUACAAAUAAUGUGUUAGUGCACAUGGAAACUGGAGUUCAGAAUAUUCUCUCCUAUUUUAUCAAAAUAUCAUACAUAAUUUACUUUUUGUAUAGUCAUAUAAAGUGCCUAUGUGGUGAAACUGAUUGAAAUACUUAUUGUGAAAAUGCUCCCCUUCUGGGAAAUACCUACUCUGAAGAGGAUAAAUUUUGCAAGUGAAUAAGCUAAUUGAGAAUAAAACCCAUCACUUACACUUAAGUGGGAAUAUCCAUACAGUCAUUCCCCUGGUCCUGUUGACCACACAAUUUCGGAUAAAGGCCAAGAUACCAUUGGCCUUCUUGGCUACUUGGGCAAACUCUGGCUCGUGGUCAGCUAGUUGUUGACUAGCAACUUUUCUUCUGUGUCACUUUCCAGUUACUCUGCCCCGCACCUAUGGCAUUGAUUUGAGUUGUUGUGAUGCAAGUGCAAGUGUUGAUCCUCAUUCCACUGGCCUCAGCCCACUGAUCCAUCUUCUCCAGAUCCAUUGUAAAGCCUUCCAACUCUCCAACAGGUCAACACUCCUGCUCAAUUUGGUAUCAUCUGUAAACUGACUGAGGAUGCCCUCUAGUCCCUGGACCAAAUAAUUGAUAAAGAUAUUAAGUAGUAUUGUUUCCAAUACUGAGCCUUGGGGAAUGCCACUUAUGACUGACCAAUGACUAACAUGCAUAAGAAUAUAACAGCAUAAAAGCUGAACCUUUGCACAGUAUUUUACUGGAUGCUUUUCCUAUCCAAACCUGUAUGUGCAUCUUUUAUGGCACCUGAGUGCAAGCAAAUGUGUGUUUUAAAUUGUACUUGACACACAAUUCUUACUGAAAAAUAUCAGGGCCGAGAAAUAUCAUACCAAGAAAUACAAGAUUAUUCCUCUUUGGUCCUGCUGGCAAUGUAACCAUUCCAAAUAACUUUUAGGGUAUAAAAGGGACAUCAUCUUGGCAAUAUUACUUAAUGCUGAAUACACACUUCUACAACAUUCAUAUUUAUUCAAUAAAAUUACAGUAAUAAUAAGAAUUGUACAACUAAGCUUGCUAAGUAACAUGCCAUUAGUUUAUCAACACUUUGCUUUAAACUUAGACACUUACUUGAAAAUUGAAAGAGCUGACCAUUUUUCCAUUGUGUAGAUGUUUUCCACAGAUGCUUGUGUGUAAAAUUAGGAAUACUUUUAUAACUGUAAGACUGCUGCUUUCUUUUGCUUUUCUUCAUAAAACAAUAGUUCUAUAUUCUUAAAAAAAAUUCUGCUGAUUGUAAUUUUGAUUUAUGAUUAAAUAAA